UCUGAUUGGUCCGCUUCCAAGAAUCCGCCAUAUUCAAACUUCCGCAGUGUUGUGUGUGUGCGCUGUUAUUCUCCAGCUUCUUUCUUCUACAAUUCACGUCAACUUUCCAUUAUUGGACCACAAAAAUCUCGCCAAGCUGUCACCGCAGGUGAUUACAGUCCGAAGUCUGCUGAGAAAUGGAAGAAAGCGAGGAAGUGAACGGAGGGACGUCGGUGGAAAAGCCCAAACUGCGGCGGACGUCAUCGAGGUUGUCCACCGUCAGUGUUAUCAGUGCGGCGGAGCCAUCGCCACAAAGUCUCCGGAGAAAUAACUCCAAAAAACCUCCAUUGCAGAGAGGCAGCUCCUUCACCUUUCUUACCCCAGGGACACCUUGGGACUUCACUCUGAAGAGGAAACGCAAAGAGAAGGACGAAGACACGGUCAGCUUGUCCAGUUUCGACCUGAAGGAACCCACUAACAAGCGGGUGAGGCCACUCACUCGAGUCUCCUCUCUGGUCAACUUCAUAUCUCCAUCCAAGAAUGGGGCCGUGCGACGUUUCGGUCAGACUAUCCAGUCCAUGUCCAUGCGUGGGGAUUCCAAGUCUCCCGGGGCGUCCCUCAAGGGCGGCGGCAGGGUGCCAGGCCCCACACCCACCAAGCGCCGGAACAGCACGUUGUGGUCGGAGACGCUGGGCGUUCACCAGAAGAGCUCGUUCUCCUCCAAGGAGAUCAAGAGACAAGAGGCAAUUUAUGAGCUCUUCAGGGGAGAGCAGGAUCUCAUCGAAGAUCUCCAACUCGCACGAAAGGCUUACCAUGACCCCAUGCUCAAGCUCUGCAUCAUGACAGAGGAGGAACUGGCCCACAUCUUUGGGGACCUGGACGCCUACAUCCCCCUGCACGAAGAUCUUCUCGUGAAACUGACGGAAGGAACAGGCUCCGACGGGACAGUCGCUCAGAUAGGACAGACCAUGAUCGACUGGCUUCCAGGCCUGAACGCCUACAAGAACUACUGCAGCAACCAGCUGGCCGCCAAGGCGCUGCUGGACCAGAAGAAGCAGGACCGGCAGGUGCAGGACUUCCUCCAGCGCUGCCUGGAGUCGCCCUUCAGCAGGAAGCUGGACCUGUGGAGCUUCCUGGACAUCCCCCGCUCGCGCCUGGUCAAAUACCCGCUGCUGCUGAGAGAGAUCCUCCGACACACUCCCGCGGACCACCAGGACGUGGCCAGCCUGGAGAGAGCUAUUAGCAUAAUCCAGGAGAUUCUGUCGGACAUCAACGUGAGGAAGGGCGAGUCCGAGUGCCAGUAUUACAUGGACAAGCUGGAGUACCUGGACGACAAGCAGCGGGACCCUCUGAUCCAGGACUGCAAGAACCUUCUGUGUCACGGGGAGCUGAGGAGCAAAAGCGGCUUGAGGCUGCACGCCUUCCUGUUCUCCGAGCUGCUGGUUCUGACCCGAGCGGUGACGCGGAACGACAGGAGCUGCUUCCAGGUGUACAGGCAGCCCAUCCCGGUUCGGGACCUGGCACUGGAAGACCUGCAGGAUGGAGAGAUCCGCAUGGGGGGCUCAUUCAGGGGCGCUUUUACCAAUGGAGAGAAAGCGAAGAAUAUUUUCCGCGUGAGCUCAGUGGACCCCGCCCACGGCCAGUCGCACACGCUGCACGUCAACGAUGUUUACCACAAGCAGCAGUGGCUCAACAGCCUGCGCGGCGCCAUGGCUCAGCACGAGGCCGCCCGAGCCGAGCGCCGCUCCUCCACCCUCGACGAGGAGAAUUGUCCGCCCGCGUCCCCGGAGCCUCAACUCAGGCCGCAGACCCUCUCCAAAGGCAGACUGGAGCGCCAGAGGUCACGGAGCGCCAUAAACAGGAAAGAGACCGCAGCGUAAAAAAUGAAACGGGAAAGGGGUCCCCAAACUCUGGCCCGCCGUAAAUCCCAAGCAAAAAAAAAAAAAGUAUUAUUAUUCUAAUUUUUUUAAUUGUAAUUUUUACAAUUCUGUUCUCUCUAAUUAAUUUUCUACUGCUUGUUACUCUCGGUGUCUCCUAGCCGCUCAGGCUAAAUAUAUUGUCUAAAAAUGCAUUUUCCCAUCGAUAACAUGACAUCAUCGU